UUAAGAGAGACCUAAAUAAUAUAUCACGCGACAAAUGAGAAGUCACCAUUCAGUCAACGCGUCAACUGGUCGCUGAGUUUACAAAUCAGCAUCACAAUUGAAAAACAAACCCAAUCAUCACCAGCCACGUGUCCAACCUCCCUCAUACGCCAACCGUCAACGGCCAGUGUUGCAGUUUCACGCUUCCAUUCCAAUGGCAUCUAACCUGUCACUGCCAAUUUAGUUUUAUUUUCCCCGUAGAGCCUAUCUAUAUAUUCGAGGAAUAUUCUUGGUUUACGGAUGGAUCCAUGACACCGAAUUUUCCGAGCCUCCGUAUUAUAAAACUCCUGGCCACGCACGAUUCUACCUCCUUAGAAUACAAAACAACACCACAUAUUCAUUCUUCAAAGUGAAAGCUUUGCAGAGAGAAGCUGGGGCUAACACCAUGGCUUCCUCACACUGUUUUGCUCCUUUUGUGUUCCUACUGCUCCUUGUUGGGUGUUCCGGGAGGCCAUUUUAUCCACUUCCUAGUAAAUUAGCUGAUGGCGAUAGACAGCCUCUGCAAACUUCUCGACCAUACAACAUUGCUCAUCGAGGUUCAAACGGAGAGAUUCCUGAAGAAACUGCAGCUGCAUACAUGAGAGCUAUUGAAGAGGGUGCAGACUUCAUUGAAACAGAUAUCCUAUCUUCUAAAGAUGGUGUUCUCAUAUGCUUUCAUGAUGUGACCCUUGAUGAUACAACUGAUGUUGCAGAACACAAGGAAUUUUCAAAUCGUAAAAGGACCUAUGAGGUUCAAGGGGUCAACACUACUGGUUUUUUCACUGUUGAUUUUACACUAGAAGAACUGAAGUCAUUGCGAGUGAAGCAGAGGUAUCCAUUUCGGGAUCAACAAUAUAAUGGAAAAUAUACUAUUAUUACUUUUGAAGAGUUCAUUUCAAUCGCAUUGGACGCACCCAGGGUUGUUGGAAUAUAUCCAGAGAUUAAAAAUCCGGUAUUGAUCAACCAGCAUGUGAAGUGGGCAGAUGGCAAGAGAUUUGAGGACAGGUUUGUGGAGACACUUAAGAAGUACGGAUACAAGGGUUCAUACAUGUCAAAAGAUUGGUUAAAACAACCUGCAUUUAUCCAAUCAUUCGCUCCAACUUCGCUUAUAUAUGUAUCAAAUCUGACAGACUUGCCUAAGAUCUUCUUAAUUGACGAUAUCACAAUUCCAACUCAAGACACUAAUCAGUCCUAUUGGGAAAUUACAUCCGAUGCCUACCUUGACUUCAUUAAAGAUUAUGUGGUGGGCAUUGGACCAUGGAAGGAUACUGUGGUUCCUGUAGUAAACAAUUAUUUGCAAACACCUACUGAUCUGGUCUCCAGAGCCCAUGCUCAUGACCUACAGGUGCACCCAUAUACAUACCGAAAUGAGAACUCGUUCCUGCACUUUAACUUUCAUCAAGAUCCGUAUGCGGAGUACGAUUAUUGGAUUAAUGAGAUAGGUGUUGAUGGACUCUUUACAGACUUUACAGGCAGCCUGCAUAAUUAUCAAGAGUGGAGCUCCUUUAAGGAAAGUGAUGACAAGAAUGCAUCAAACUUACUGCAUAAAAUAGCGUCAAUGGUCUCUCCCUAUGGAAGGGCAUGAGAUUGUUAAAUUAUUUUAUGUAUAAUUUUUAUCUUGUUAUCGUAAUUCAGAAAUCUUGCCUUGCUAAA